AUGGUUAUCAGAGACACGGGACCUGACAUCAUAGUUAUCAGAGACACGGGACCUGAUGUCAUGGUUAACAGAGACACGGGAUCUGAUAUCAUGGUUAUCACAGACACGGGACCUGAUAUCGUGGUUAUCACAGACACGGGACCUGAUAUCAUGGUUAUCACAGACAGGGGACCUGAUAUCAUGGUUAUCACAGACACGGGACCUGAUGUCAUGGUUAACACAGACACGGGACCUGAUGUCAUGGUUAUCACAGACACGGGACCUGAUAUCAUGGUUAUCACAGACACGGGACCUGAUAUCAUGGUUAUCACAGACACGGGACACGGGACCUGA